AUGCAGGAUAUUAUUGACCAUUUACCCAAAUUGCCUGAAAUCCAACAACAAAAGCUUACUAUUCCAGAAUUCGAUGAAAUAGAAGUCAAAGCAACUGACUCAGUAGAAAUAAAGAAGUUCAUACGAAAGGUUAACUAUGAGUUUCUUGGAUUUCAUUGCAACCACAAAGUCAUGGACAAAGAUUGCGACAUGGUAUAUAAGAACAUCUCUGACAUAUAUAAAUCUGAAGAGUUUAAGACCUACGACAACUUUGUUUCGUUAGUUGCUGAAUGUGUAUGGCAGAUAAGAGAUAAAGAUAGAAGAGGUAAGAUAUGGAAUGAACAGAUAAAACCCGCAACUUUUGAGUUAAAGAGAGCAAUUGACGCCUUAGUCAUACUAGCAGGUAAGAUUUCAAUGUACAAUGCUAAAAUGAACCCGCAAUGUUCAAAAUGUAAAGCAGCAAUGAGGAAAUAUAACUACUCCGUCAAAGAGAUAGAACGUAUGCGAAACGACUAUGCAGACUUAAAGAAAGAAGUAGAGAAACCAGCAGAAGAUAAAAUGGACAUGUUGACAUUUCUGAACAAAAACUAUCCAACAGCUGACGAUUUCCUUCUUUCAGAUGUCAAGAAGAAAUAUAAAGAAACAUUCGGCAUAGUUAAAACAUUCGAUGUACUGACAGAAGAAAUAGAAGCUACGAAAUUGUUUAGAAUUUCACGAAUUCACAAUGUUUACCAUGUAAAACGCUUAUAA